UGCUAGUUUAGCUAUGCUUACAGUAAGUAGACAGGUAGCACUCAGAUUUCGAAUUCUAGCUCCUGCGUAAAAGAUGUAGCAUCGUCAGCAAACAAUGAGUCAGUAAGGUCGCAUGACUCUACAGCAGAUCUGAUUAGCAUAUACGUAAUAUGACUCAUGAGCAUGCUCAUAUCACACACGUGUAUAUAACAGUGGCGGUACAGUACGACCCUGGACGCAUACAGUUUGUUGAGAAGACGUACGUGGACGUAUCUAUUGCUCUCUCUGACAACGGGACGUAGAAAGAUGUCUGUCAAACAUGAUGAGUACGUGAGUAGUGAUACUAAGAUGACCGUCCAAGACGUUAGCGGCCAUCCAACUCAAGUUUUGUCUUUGGGAAACGUAGAAGAGGCAUCGACUCGUAUUGUUUUCAUCCCUGGUGUUCCCGGCGCUAUUGGAUUCUAUUGGCAGUUCCUCAAAUCGCUAGCAGCCUUGACAGAAAAUAACAAAUUCAGUAUUCACGCACCGUCUUAUCCGGGACAUGACGUCACCCAUCUGACCUCACAACAGAGAGAUGCCAAACUCAGCUUGGAGGAGCAAAUUGAACACAAAAUUGCCUUUGUCAGAGAUGUUGUGCCUGUCGGAUCGAGAUUGAUACUAGUAGGCCAUUCUCUUGGCUGCUUUAUGAUUAUGCAAAUGUUGAAGCGAGGAGCUCUCUCUGAUUUUCAGCUUGUCAAAGUUGGGUUACUGUGUCCUGUUAUGGCUCGAAUGAGUGAAUCUGCAAGUGGUCAGCGUUUAGAGCCUUUUUAUAGAAACCAUCCACUACUGUUCAGAUCAGUUAUUUGGGCUGGUUCAUUGCUUCCAAGGUUCUUCCUUAGGCCAUAUCUAGAUACAAAAAUGAAGAAUAUUCUUGGAAUCCCAGAUGAAUAUCGAGGAGAUAUUGUGAUGAAAGGCAUUGACUUUGUGAAGUACCAACCUUGUGUUUUUAAUGCAAUCGACACUGGAAUGGAGGCAAUCAAAGCCACUGGUGACGUGGAUGUGGAUACUCUUCUUCAACACCAAGACAGACUCUCAAUUUGGUACACAGCACAGGAUCAUUGGGUUCCAGACGGACUGUAUGAGAGUUUGUCCAGGGAACAUCCACAAUUGAAUAUUCAUCAAAUUGAUACUCACCAUGCAUUUAUGUUGCAUAAAGCUGAUGAAAUUGCCGAAGUUGUGUCCAUUUGGUUGACAAAGUUUUGUGACAUUCAUGAGGUAGACACAUCAAGCCCAUGAGGAUAUUGAACUCUAACAUCAGGACACUUUAGUUGUAAUAUGUACAUUCUAGCUGCCAUAGACAGUGAGCAACAAAUAGGUGGAUUGCUGUGUUCUAAAACAAGAUGCUGAUGUUUACCGUUGUCAUUGUGUAUGGAACUUUAGCUAUACAGUGUAGGGUAUUUAUGGGUAUUUUUGCUGUUUUAGGUAUAAUUAUAGUUAUUAUUGUUAUUAUACAUUUAUGUAUUUAUAA